CUUGAGCUUGUGAGAAAAUGUUACCUUCGGAUCAGUCGUCAACGGUUUUCCAUUAGUCGUACUGAAAGUUUGAACACAUCAAUGGCGUCGUUUGGUUGACGCCUUGAUAGCGUCUUUCCAAAAAUGGUGAAUAAAUUGUGCUUCAAAAAAUUGCUCAGAUUGCCGGGCACACUGUCUACCACAUGUUCUAUCAGAGAGUAUUUGAGCAUCAAAGGUUGCUUGGUUUGAAAUUGGUUCCCAAGUUAAAACUUGCUCACAUUUGGCCAUCAACCUGGCAGAGAAUGACGGUAAGCUUGGCCACACAGCUGUACUCCAAACAUAUGGCCAUGGCUUUAAAAUUUUUAAGAGAAGACAAAAAAACAGCGCAUUUAUUCAAUGGAUCGGAAGCUACAGAAAAGCUUACAAAGCUUAUUAAUGACACAUUUGACAUUAUGAAUGGACGACACAAGGAUACGACUCUAGAUGGCUGGCGCUUGUCUAUCCGUAGCACCAUUGACUUGACAGAAGAGUUAUUGAAUCCAAAAAACCCUUUAGAGAAAUACGAUUUCGUACUGACAGCAAAAUGGAACCAAGACGCCUUAGAGAUGACUUUUGGGCGCAUACGUUCAGUCGAUACACAUCCAACGGCUACAAGUUUUCUACAUAUUAUCAGGAUGAUGUCAUUGUACACACCCGCGAAGAUACUAUUGCGGAACGCAAAUGUAGAAAAUGAUGACCAUUUUAGGGUGCUCGUCGAUUUUAAGGAGUGUCUCAUUAAAAAAUUCCGCGACAAUGCUAAGGCUGCUGCUGAUUUAAGGGUAGCAAUGAAAGAUGAUUUAAUGGAAGAGCUGGGAAAGCGUUACGUGAACGAGUUGCCCUUGUCCAAAGAAAAUAGAAUCGGUAACUUUCUCAUAUACGAUGUAGCAGGUUACAUGGUGAAAACGAGAGAAAACCUUUUCGAGUGUGAGGCAUGCAGACAGACCGUAAUUACCAAAGAAGCAGAUCUACCAAGUGAUUUUGACGCAGAUGCAUACACGAGAGCUCGAACCAAAGGUGGACUGGUGUUUGUCACCCUGUCAAUGUACCAAACUUUGUGCGCAAUUGAAAAAGUUGUCUCAAACCACUUUAAGUCACUUAAUCAUAUUUAUAUCACUGAUACAUUCCAAGAGUGUAUAGCAAAAGUUAAAUUAACCAAUGUACUGCCCCUUUUUUGUGAUACUCAUCGCCAUUGUAAUAUGGGAACUUUAAUAAUGGAGUAUGUAAAAGUGAGAUAUUAUUUUGAAUCUAAACGUUUGAAAGAUGUUUUAUUGUCCAAAGAACAAACAACAGUCCAGGCGAGUUUCAAACUGGCCAAAAAUGCCCAUCCAAGAAAUUUAAUACAAAGUAAUACUUAAACUAUCUUUUAAUUUCUUUUUAAAUAUAGAGUGUGAUCAUACAGUACUUGAAAUAUUUUUUUUUCCAAACAAGAAAGAUAAUAACAUUAAUUUUGAAAUGCCAUCUUAUUGCCAUGGGCCGUAGGCCCGUAGCGAAUGCCGAUAGGGAUGGAUCCACUGUUUUGGACUUAGAAUAUUUUUCAAGUGGGUUUUUCAUUUAGUUCAAGAUCGGCCACCAGGCGUCUCUGACGAUUGAUAACCUUGUACCACGAAGAGGCUUCAGCUGAGAUACCCUUCUUAACUGAAGAGUUGGUACACCUCCCUUUUACACCAUGCUAACAUUAGAAAAAGUAAAAAAAUUUCAUAAAGUAUACUCCCGCGCCCCUAGCGGUAAGACUAAGCUUCGCCUACACGGUGAGAUAGGGGAUAGCGGUCUUUACUUCGUAGUCUGUGAUUAAAUUUAAGCAAAGGAUUCCUGGUACCAUAGACAACGAAGUUCUAUGGUCGAAGGUCUGGAGUGCUCCAUCUUUUGCCUGAAAGAUGAUAGAUUUGUUUCACAAAUGAAGUUGCAUCAGGUUGCAUGGUGAACUGUCGUACAGCUUGAACAAACUUGUUGAACUUGAAGAAACUUGUACAGCUGCGUUGCUUCCCAAACACCUAUGCACUUUGAAAUGCUUGUCAGUUGAAUGCAAAUUAAUGUAAAAGAUGCCAAAUGUGAGACAUGUGUAAAAGGCCUGAUAGAAUGUGUGGACCCCUUCAGUUAUAUGUAGAUGGGAACAUACAAUUUGUCAUGUUAGUUACACCAAGGCAGUAAUAACUGUGCUGCAACCAAUCUGCAAAACAUGCUUGUCUGUUCAUCUCAGUGACAAGAUGACAAAUUUAUUGAGUAAAUAUGGCUAAGGAAGCAUUGAAAAGCAAAUCUGAGAAGUGUCCAUUAAAGUAACUUGUCCCAGGGAGAUGAUCAUGGCAAUCCAUUACAAAGAUUUUUUUAAUGUAGCUACUACAUAGAAGAUUUAUCAUUUUGCAGGUAUGGAACCAGUAAGCAUCAAACAGGGAGCUUCUAUGAUAAACGAAACCAUUAACGUCUCAAAGACCACAAGGAAACCUAUUACCUCUACCCGGUUCCUAAUCGAUGAUUGCCCGGAAUAUAGAAAAAACAAUGCACGGAAAAGUAAAUUUUACAGUUGCCAACCGCAUUAGUACCGCACUGUAAUAAAAUCUCGGUCAGUCAGUGACUCGGUGUCGCCAACGUGAUACAAAGUCAUUCAACUCUUUACAUCAAACCUAUUCAAAGAAGGAUGCCUCAGGCUAGACACUAUUACUCCAAUUGAAAAUUAAUGGACACAGCACUCCUGCAGCCACCAUAUAGACAUCUUAAAAACAUAUUUUUGGAUAUGCAACCUAUGGCACUAAGGUAAUGUCUCCAUACUUCACAUGUGAAAAAGAAUGAAAAUGGAAUGUGAUGCAUAGGUAGCAUAAUGAGGUCAGAAGAUUGCCCAACAUCCAUGGGAAAAUGACAUAGCUGAUAUGUAUUUUGUUCUAAGAAUGUUGAAAGUCUAUUGUGAAAGGUUUCAGAUAGUUGUACUGACACAACCUUUCUUUUCUAGAACCAGCUACAUUUAGUAGGUUGGCUUUAUUGGAGAACUUUAUUGACAUUUCCCGCAUAUUUUUAAGACAUCUAGGGGUGAAAUAACUAACUCCGUAGAAUUUUUAUGGGUAUGCCAGCUGUUGCGUCAGCUGUUUCAUUUCGCGUGGCUUCGGACUGAGGAUGGUUGCUGAAACGAACGUCUCUCUUCUUGAAAUUUUACCACCGAUUCCGUGUGUUUUGAGUUGCAUCUUGUGAAUUCAAUCAAUGCAGAGUUGUUCAAGGAAUAUAGCUUGGCUAUGCUUGCACGUUUUUCAUCUUCGUUAGUCUGAUAUACCCAUUUUGUUUCAAAGGUGAUACGUGAAAAGAGUAGUUCUUUAUAAUCUUGUUCUCUAUCUAAAUCUCUUAGAUUCUUGGAGGUGUCAUCAGGUGAUUUUAGAAUUUAUUGUUAAUAGUUUAAGUUUUUUAAAUCAUGCUUUCAAGUCUUAGGGAUGUAUCUGAUGUACUGUGGUGGCUGCAAAAUCAUUCAAUGACUUUGUUCAAUCCAGGUCUUGGUUUUUUCAAUAGUUAUUUACUGUUUUAAUUUGCUAAGAGCCAGGAGGCACCUGAUGUGUUUUAUUGAAGUUGGAGUCACUCGGUUACUGAAGAGAAUGCCACUAAUGUUGUUAGCGUAAAUAAAACAUAUCCAGUAUCA